GGCGUCAGUGGUGACAUAGAAAUGGCGAGUGGGGUCGGCGAUCUUGAGGGCAGGGGCCGUGGUGAUGGUUUGCUUGAGUAAGUCGAAAGCUUGUUGGCGGCGAUCGUUCCAAUGGAAAGGCUCGUCCUUGCGGGUGAGUUCGUGGAGAGGGUAAGAGAUCUCAGAAAAGUUGCGAAUGAAUGGGCGGUAAUAGUUGGCAAGGCCAAGGAAGGAACGGAGUUGGGGGAGGGUCUUGGGUGGGGGGUAGUCGACGAGGGCUGUGACCUUCGAGGGGUCCAUACGGAUGCCUUCAACGGAGACAAUAUGGCCGAGGUAUUCGACGCUCAAAGCGGCAAACGUACAUUUGUUGAGCUUUGCGUAGAAUUUUUGCUAUCGGAGGAUAGCGAGGACUUGGCGGAGGUGCUGAAGGUGGGACUCGAAGCGGGUGCGGGAGGUGCCGGGGGGGGCYUGGUGGUGGGGGUGGAGGAGUCGAUCGUGGUGGAGCAUGCAAGAGAGGAGGUCAGCAAGGGGCAUGUCAUGUUCGUGGGCGAGGGCGGUUGCAAGGUCUUUGUGGCAUACUCGUUUGAUGCGGGAGAUGAACGCACAGUCGGGAAUGACGGUGUGGGGGAGGUGGUGUCGGAGGGAGCGGACGUAUUGGACGAAGCGGUCCGUGGGACCGGUCUGGCGGAGGUGGCAGAAUUGUUCAAGGUAGUCGUCACUGGUUUUCUGGGGGCGGAAGGUGGCAGUGAGGAGGGUGGCCCAUUGGAGGAAGGUGUAGCGUGGUCCUCCGGAGGCUCGGCGGUUGCUAGCUUCAGCCAUCCACCAUUUGGCUGCAUUGYCGAGGAGGCGGGAGGUGGCAAUGGGGAGCCAGUGGGCAAGGGGCAUGUGGUGGAGCUGAAAAGAGUUCUGAAGCUGGGUUAGGAAGAGGAAAACGUCCUCGUGGGGGAGGCCGGAGAAGGACAUGAUUUCGCCAGAUCGGAAGGAAUGGGGGAUUUCCCCGUCGCGGUGAACG